AUGAGGAAAACAACUGCGGGCACUAUGCCAGAGAACAAAUCACUACGAGAAAGAAUACAAAAAGGUCUUAAAGUCUCAACUCACAAGACUAACGCUCACAAGGCAGACUUGCCUACUCGCCUUUGCUACUCAACCCAACCAGCGAUCUUGUCUUCCUUCGUCAACAAGAGAUGGCACAACUCUGGACUCGGCUGCUCACACCUCAAGACACGAUUGCUGAUCACCAACAUGCAUAAUGCUCAUGAACUCACACAUAUAUGA